AUGCGCUCCUUUGCAGGCCUCCUGCUCCUAGCGACCUCUGCGUUCGCACUCUCGCGCCGCGCGGAUCAUGUCCUACAUGAACGUCGCGCAGCCGACCCAGCAGCGCGUGCAUGGGAUCGCACACGCAAACUCGAAGCCGACCGCGUCCUCCCGCUUCGUAUCGGGCUGAAGCAGCAGAACACGCAUCUCGUCGAGGACAUGCUCAUGGACGUCUCGCACCCCGACUCGCCCAACUUCGGUCAGCACUGGUCGCCCGAGCGCGUUGUGGACUUCUUCAAGCCUGCGGAUCACACUGUGGACACGGUGAUUGCGUGGUUAGGAGAGUACGGCUUGACGGAACGUGUGAAGCUCAGUGCUAGCAAGAGCUGGUUGCAACUGAAUGCGACAGUAGCCGAGGUUGAAGAGCUUCUCGGAACGGAGUACCAUCUUUACACUCACCCGAGCGGUGUCGAGCAGAUCAGCUGCGACGAGUACCAUGUCCCGAACUAUAUCUCGGAACACAUCGAGCUCAUCAAGCCCACCGUACACUUCAACCAUCGCGCGGGUCACCAGAAGGAGCGUCAAGUUGAGCGCUUCGGCAAGCGCAGCAUCUCCAGGCUCGGUCAGCCCGGAUCAAGCACCGGCCCGAAGACGAACGGCAAGAAGCCCACGCUCAAGAGCUCGAGCGAUCUGUCGACCUGCGACGAGUUCAUCACGCCUGACUGCUUGCGCGCGCUGUACUCGAUCAACCAUACUCCUGUGGCGACGAAGAAGAACUCGUAUGGAAUCGUCGAGUUCACUCCUCAAGCUUUCCUCGCUGGCGACCUUGACCUGUUCUUCGGCAACUUCUCUCCCAGUCAAGUUGGCGUCCGUCCGAACCUCAUUAGUAUCGAUGGCGGUGUCGCACAGACUACGAACCAGAGCUUCGACUUCAACGGAGAGUCGGAUUUGGACUUGGAGUACUCUAUGUCUUUGACGAACCCUCAACCAAUCACGCUGCUGCAGACGGGUGAUCUCGUGGAGGGCGCGGGCUUCGACAACUGGCUUGAUGCCGUCGACAAGUCAUUCUGCACUUUCGAGGGCGGUGAUGAUCCCACACAGGAUGGCAUCUACCCUGACCCCCUUCCGGGAGGCUUCAAGGGACCUGAGUCUUGCGGCAUCAUCAAGCCGCCGAACGUCGUCUCCGUCUCCUUCGGCCAAGAUGAGGCUACUGUCACCGCUGCUUUCGCCAACCGUCAGUGCACCGAGUACGCGAAGCUCGGACUCCUUGGCACGUCCGUCCUGUACUCGUCUGGUGAUGAUGGCGUGGCUGGCUUCGGCGGCGUCUGCCUGUUGCCUAAUGGCACUGAGAGCGCUACGGGCAAGAGAUUCAACCCGAGCUUCCCCGGUGGUUGCCCGUUCAUUACGAGCGUUGGCGCCACACAGAUCGUUCCCACGAAGACGGUCUCCGACCCCGAAGAGGCUUGCGAAACCGUCAUCUUCAGCGGUGGAGGCUUCAGCAACAUCUUCCCCAUCCCGAGUUACCAGAAGGCCGACGUGACAAGCUUCCUCAAGAACCACCCGCCGCCAUUCACAUCGGCGCAGUUCAACAACUCAGGCAAGGUCCGCGCUAUUCCCGACAUCUCAGCCAACGGCGCAAACUACGUGAUCGGCAUCGACGGCGAGUUCGAGCUUGUCUUCGGCACAUCUGCAUCGUCACCCGUGCUCGGAUCCAUCAUCACACUCAUCAACGACGCGCGCAUCGCGAAGGGCAAGGGCUCGUUGGGCUUCCUCAACCCCCUCAUCUACAACGAGAAGUUCAGGUCUGCGUUCCAUGAUAUCACGAAGGGCGGGAACCAGGGAUGCGGGACUCCGGGCUUUACGAGUACGACUGGGUGGGACCCGGUGACGGGCGUUGGAACGCCUAACAUGACCGCAUUGCUCCCGCUCUUCGUCGCUCUUCCCUAA